CACGCGGCACCAUUUCGCUUCGCCUUCCCCGGCAAAAUCUCCCCAAAAAAAUUCGAAACCGCGCCGACGCCUCCGCUUCACGAAACCCCAACCGGCGACGCGGCGCGCUCGCUCCGACGACCAUGUCCUUCCCCGACGAGGAGGAGGACGAGGCCUUCCUCCUCGCCGUAGCGGCCACGGAGGAAGCGGCGCUGGCCUCCUCCGACUCCUCCAAGCGCCGCCGCCUCUCCAUGACCUCGUCGACCUCCUCGUCACCGACUUCGGCCACUCCUCCCCCCGCCGCCGUCCCCGAGGGGCCCUACCUGGCCGCGCUCAAGGGAAGCCACAGCUCCGCCUGGAAGCAGCAGCAGGAGACGCUGAGCCAGGCGCGCAAGCGUCCCGGUGGGUCCCAAACCCUAGCCACCCCAGGUAGCGGCAGCGGCAGCGGCGGCGCGCAGGUCGCGAGGGGCGGCGCGUGCUUCAAGUGCGGGGACUCUUGCCACUGGGCAAGAGAAUGCCCGCAAUCCGUGCCAGCUACUGGCGGCGGAGGAGGAGGCGGGGCCUUUGGUGGAAGCGGAGGAGGGGGUGGUGGGUAUGGGGACGCGGGUGGGGCGGUGGAGGAGAAGGCUUGCCCCUGCGGCGCCGGGAGUUGCCUAGUGCUCACAUCCAACACGCCCAGGAAUCCGGGCCGCAAGUUCUACAGGUGCCCCAUGCGGGACAAUGGAGGUUGCAACUACUUUGAGUGGUGUGAUAACCCAUCUCCAGGUCCUGCAAAUGUCAGUGGCAAUACUGUUUUUCAGUCAGAUACAUCAGUUGCGCAUAUGCUUUGCCCCUGUGGUGCUGGAGCUUGCUUAAUUCUCACCACAAAGACAGGAAAGAAUGUUGGAAGGCAGUUUUAUCGUUGCCCAGCUAAUCAGGGAGGUAGCUCUUGUGGCUAUUUCAAGUGGUGUGAUGAACAACAGCUUAGGACAGCUGCUCCACUGCAAGCUUCAACACAAUAUCAUACUGAUGUUGCUUCAAGUGGCCAAAUUCCCAGCAAGAGGAGCUCCUCCGCCUGCUUCAAAUGCGGGCAAGAGAACCAUUGGGCAAAGGACUGCCCAAAUCAAUCUUCAGAUCCUUAUCCUGACAAAGGUGGGAGAACAUUUACUUCUGCAAGCUCUCCCGAUGCGUGUUUCAAGUGUGGUAAGAGCGGGCACUGGUCCCGUGAUUGCCCCACCGCAAAUUGUGGUUCUAGUACCGUCUCCAGCCAUGUCAAGUCCUCUUCUACUUUGGGCUCAUGGAACAGCCACAGAUACUGAUAGCCGGUACCUGUGAACUCAAUUGAACUGACAUGGACAUGCUGUACGAAACUUGGACAAAUGCACAUGACACGUGUUGCUUAGGUACGCAUUCUUGCCAAAUUCCUUUUGCUACUUUUAAGUUUGGUAAUGAGUUUUUACUGAGGACAUUUCCGUCUUCAUGCUGGUUGCUCUGGGAAUCUUUUGUCAUCUGCUCUAGACAUUUCCACUGAUGUAGAUAUAAGAAAAAUCAGCACUAUGUUCAAUUCUA